AUGAAAGAGAAAUCGGGAGAACGUAAAGGAUGUUCGCAUAAAGAAUUUAUGGCGUGUAAACCGCCAAUCUACAACGGGGAGGUUGACCCGAUAAUUUUCCAAAGAUGGCUGAGUGACGUUGAAGGUGUGUUUGAAAGGACCCACUGUGACGUAAGUGAUUUUGUUGCUUACGGAACGGGUCAGUUGAGGGGCCAAUCCAAAGAUUGGUGGGACAACAAAAAGAAGGAAAUAGGAGCUGAAGCAGCGAGGGUUAUGACCUGGGAUGAGUUUAAGGUGCCGUUCCUUAAACACCAUAGUCCCAAAGCGGUUAUUAACAGGAUCAAGGAAGAAUUCAUCCAGCUAAGACAAAAGGGUGAAACAAUCGAUAAGAUCACGGGCAUCUUUAUGGAUAAGCUGAGAUUCUGUGACGAGUUAGUCACCACUGAAGAGCAGAAGAUACAUUACUACUACAACAUGUUGAGUGCUGAAUACCGGGAGUUCAUGACUCCCUCAAAGUAUGAAACCCUCACGGAAAUUAUCAACACCGCUCGGGAGCGGGAAAUCGAGUUGAAGAAACAAGUCGAGAGGGGCGAGCGAAGGGUGCAGGAUGUGAACCCAAGCCCUACGAAGCAGGCACGAACAACUGAAUCGGAAAAGAAGUCGGAUGAGAAGGGCGAAUCUCCGAGCUGUAAGGUAUGGGCAAAGGCGCAUAAGGGCGAGUGUCUCUUUAAGGAUAAACCGUGCCCUAUAUGCGGAAAGACAGGGCAUACGGCUACGCUAUAUCCGGGGAAGGUUUCGGUUUGUUACAAUUGCUACCAACUGGGUCACAAGAAAUUUGAGUGCCCGGAGUUGGACAAGAAAAAGAAUGAGAAGGAUGUGCAGAUGGAAGCACAAAAGACAAGGGCCAGAUCUUUUCAAUUAACCGCAGCCGAAGUAAAGAUAGAACCUGAUGUCAAUUCAGGUAUGUUUCUUGUCAAAUUCAAUUUUAACAACGAAUUUCAAUCGAUAUAA